AUGCCUCCAAAUCGGUGGGAGAAGACCAAAAGCAUCUCUAAAAAGGGCUUCGACAAAGCAUGGGACACCGUCGACAAGCUCGGCGGCCCCGUUAAUCGCCUAUCGCACAAGCUGGGCGCCGAAGCCUUCUGGCCCAUGACACUCGACAAGGAAGCCGACAAAGCUGCGCGCAUCCUACGCAGCUUCUGCAAAGACGGCUUCUAUGCCCCCGAUUCAACAACCGGCGUCGAUGAGAAUGGCAAGAUCAAUCGCCCCAAGGGCAAGCAGCGCGUUAUCCAGAAGAUCCCAACACAAGUACUCAGAAACGCCAAGGGAGUCGCCAUCUUCACGACCAUGCGCACGGGUCUGUGGAUGAGUGGCUCUGGCGGUAGUGGUGUGCUGAUCGGUCGCCUCCCCGAGACCGGCGCAUGGAGCCCGCCAUCUGGUAUCAUGCUACACACAGCCGGAAUAGGUUUUCUCGCUGGAGUUGACAUUUAUGACUGCGUGGUAAUCAUCAACACCCACGAGGCGCUGGAAGCAUUCAAGAAAUUCCGUUGCACUCUCGGCGGCGAGGUCAGCGCAGCCGCGGGACCCGUAGGUAUGGGUGGGGUCCUCGAAUCCGAAGUGCACAAACGCCAGGCACCAAUUUGGACAUAUAUGAAAAGCAAAGGCCUAUACGCGGGUGUUGCCGUCGAUGGCACAAUCAUUAUUGAGCGAACUGACGAGAAUGAGCGCUUCUACGGCGAGCGGAUAUCCGUCGACGAGAUUCUAUCCGGCAAAGUCCGGCAUCCGCCCCACGAACUCCAAACCCUCAUGCAGACCUUGAAGGCCGCACAGGGCGACUCUGACGUUGACGAAAGUCUUGUCCCGCCACCGGGCGAAACACCUGGCGAUAUAGAGUUGUCGGAAGACGGACAAUCUGCUUUCGGUGUGCCGGCUGUGGACGAUCCCGAUCCAUAUGGAGUGAAGGCGCUGGAGGCGGAGGGGCUCUUCAUCCGCGAGGCCGGCACAAAGGUGAGACCAAACCAUGAGACAUUUGAAUUCCGGCCGAACCCGGACAGCCCUAUUUAUAGCACUUUCUUUCGGCGCAGCAUGGAUAGCUCGCCGCGCAAUAGUUGGCGCGCGAGUGUGCAGAGCUCCAAGAGCUAUGCUAGUGUCGACCGUGGCACGCAGACCGAUGACGCCCCGCUAACCGAGCCCACAUCAGUGAGCCGUGCAUCUUCUCGCAGCGCGAAGGGAUCGUCUAUUGGCCGUCCACCGAUGAAUACCUGGAUCGAAAAUGACGGCUCUCACUGGGAUACGAUUGCUAUCCACGGCAAUGAAGAGCAUGUGAAGGUCCGCCAAUUAGAGGGCGAGGAGGCGGAGGAUAGGAGAGCGAAAGCGAAUGCCUGCGAAGAUGCACACGACGACCCCGAGUUCGAGGAUGACGACGAGCACUAUGAGGUUCACGAGGUUGGCAAUGCCACUGUCACACCAAGGGAUAGUAUCCCGCCCUCACCCACAACGGCGGAGGGCCAGACGACAGACCCUGACACCAAGCCUACGUCGCCGAGCUUCACCCGGGCUCGCCUAGUUACAAUCCCCGCGCGCACCCCACCUGCCUUACCUCCGCGACACCCACGUCACAUCCCAGGCUCUGGAUCAAGCCGUGCCUCAACAUCUCCUACGGCGCUCUCGUAUUCAAGCAAUAACACCUCACCCACAGAUGUCACUGAGGCGGCGGAGAAUCUCGAGCAGUUGGAUGAAUCUCCACACGCGCUUCCAUCCCCGGAGAAGGCCAAGUCCUCUCCUGGUAUUCCUGCCACGAGCGACGAUGAAGAGUUUGUUGACACGAAGUCGGAGAUUGAGGAUAACGUCAUUACCCUCGAAGAUCACACUGCCACCGAGACCGCCGAUGCCGCCGAGCAGGAGAUCAAGGCGGACCAAGAAGACGGGAAGGACCUUAAACCCGAGCAAUCUCCUCGACUCGAAAAGUCUCCCGAUGUCCCCAAGCUUGCACCUAAUAUCGAAAAUACCCCGGAGGUCGAAGAGACCCUCGACAAGAUCGAAGCCAAGCUUGAAACUGAGAUCGAGCAACCCGAAGGGCAGAAGUCUGGAAUGUCAUAUUCACACGUCCUUGCUGAUCGCGAAGAACACACAGAGUCCCCUGGUGGGACUAAAAUCGAUACCACCGAUACCACCUUGCCCCAUGCCAGGGCUGAGUGA